AUGCAUUUUUCUGUGAAUUGUAGAAUAUACCCAUUUAGUGAUAAUGUUGCUAUUUGUAAAGGUUGUUUAGCUGUUUAUCAUAGGCAUUGUUUUGAUCAUGCAAGCAAACGGUGUACUCGUUGUGCUAGGAGGAGGGCUAGAAGAAAGGCAAUAAUGAUGAAAACUGAAGAGGAGGGGGAAUAA